CAAUAAACGGUUUAAAGUUUAAACCCAGACCAUUUUAUGGAUAUAUUAGAAGAAAAUAAUCAAUCUAAAUGUGAUAAAAAUGAAUAUAAUUUUAUCACAAUUUUUUUAAAUUAUAAAAGCAAUUUGAAAGAAAAUUUUUUUUUUAUGAUUUACUUUACUAUUGUAAGCAGUCAAGCUAUUACGUAUAACACAAGUCUUCGACAAAGAGUUGCUAUAAACUUUUUUAAAACCCAAGUUUCAGCUAAACACAAACCAAAAACUAUGUAUUUCAUGGUAAAUGUAAUUGACAUAUAUAUAUGUCAGUUUUUUGACAAGUUAAACCCAAAAUAUUACAUAGCAAGUUCAACAUUAAGUAUGCUUUUCGAGUUGAAGAGUUAAAUGAGUAAAGAUACACACUUAGUUGUACAAACUGAUUUUUAGUAAUGGACUCUGUAAUUGAAUAAACCUUGACAAGAUUUUAUCUCUGUGGAAGGCUUAUUAUUAUUACUGUGAUUUCAAUAUUCAAUAAAGCAAAAGGAAUGCAUGAGAAAAAGAAACUUUACUUGUAUUAAUGAAGUGAUUUAUGAGAAGACACAUUCAAAAGCUCUGGAUUUUUGUUGAGUUUCAAGAUAACAAAUCAUAAAGAUAAUAUCUUUCAAAAUCACAGUAUGAAUUCCACAUCCAAAAAAAGUGUUCAUUUUUUGGAGCCUUCUCCAUUGAUCCAUCGUAAGAUAUGCAGCUAUAAUGAAGCCUUAUCUCAAACAAAGCAAAAACACUCACAGGCUCAAGUUAAUAAGAAAGAAAUUGUUUCUUCUGUUAAUAAGCAGUCAUUAGUUCAAAUGUUUGAAACAAUUGGUGACAAGAAAAAAAUUCAACUUCUCAAUUCUCGUCAAAAUGCAUCAAUAAAUAGUUGCCAAAUAGAAUCUCAAAAAAAAGUUCCAUAUUGUGUUCAAAAUAAUAACAUAGAUAAAAUAAACAAACCAAAAUCUAACUUUUUAAAUGAAUGUGUAAGUUGUGAACUUAUGUCUGAUACAAUAAGCAAAGCAAGUAGAGAUGUUCCUAAACUAAAUGCACUAAGAGACAAUCAAAAACACAGUUUAACAAGUUCGGAUUUGAUCAAAGAGUUUCCCAGCCAGUUGAAACCAACUAAAUCAGCAUCUUUAACCCAAGAAAGUACAAAUAAAUUAAAUAUAAAAGAAACACAAUUAUUAGAUUCUAAUAUAACUGGACAAUCAAAUGAGAUAGAUUCUAAUCAUCAAAGAAGCUGUUUAAGCACCAAUGAUACAUUAAAUCAACAUGAAUAUUUCGUUAAUAAUAAAAAUGUUAAAACUCCAUUGUUUUUAAAUAAAAUAAACGAAAAUUUAAAACUUUCAAAUAAUCAUAUUGCUACAACAAAAAAUUCAAUUAAAAGCAAAGAUGAUCAAACAGUCUCUUUUAAUACGGUGAAAACAAAACAAGUAGUUUCUUCAUUAAAAUCCAUAGAACGAAAUCUUGUGACUUCUUCGUUAGAUUCAGUUAAAAAAAAAAUUGCUCCUACAUUAGACUUUAUUAAAAGAAAUCACAAGUCUUCUUCUUUUGACUCUGUUCAAAAACAUAUUGAUCCUGCUUUAGACUCUUUAAAAAAAAAAUUAGACAUUAAGACAGGUACUAAUAGUAAUUCACUACAUUUAGAUAAUAACAAAGCAGAUUUAAAUGUUUUGUACUCAACUGAGUAUCAAGUUACUAAUGAAAUUCAACUUUCUCCAACUGGUAAUAAAGUAGAAGAUAAUUAUGUUGCACAUAACCAAGAUAUUGAAAAUACUUUAACUUAUGACAAUGACACAAAAAAUUUGGUAGUUAAUGAAAAUAAGAAAGAAUCUAUUUUACCAACUAGAAAUAGUUCUUUUGAUAAUUGUGAAACAACUAUUUUAAACAAAACUGUAUUAGAAGAAAAUUUUAUGUGUGAAAAUAAAUCUAAAAUUAUAAACAGUACACAACUGGAGCAAAUGACAGAUAAUUUCAUUCAAGAACUUAAUAAUAACCAGGUAAAAGAAUUGACUUGUUUAUCAGAAUUGAGUUCUUCAAUAUAUACUUGUAAUGAGGUUGGGUCUUCAUGUAACAAAAUAAAAGAUCAGUUGUCAGUAAGUAAUAAACUUUCAAAUGACAUUUCUAUGUCGUGUUCAACACAAUUAUUGCCUAAAAUUUCUAUUUCUAAAUCUUAUGUAUCAUCUUCAUCCUCUUCUUCAUCCUCUUCUUCAGAUUCAAGUGAAGGUAAAAAAGGUCGUAAAAUAUCAGUUAUAAAUAAAGUAAGCAAUAGUGAUUCUUUUUUAUCGCCAUAUCAACAACCUUUCUGUGAUAGGUCAGUAAGAAAAGAAGCAAAAAAGUCUAAUCAAUCUUUAUAUAAAUCGAAAUAUGACUCAUGUCAAGAGAUUUUACGAAAUAAAAGAGUUUCUGUAGAUUCUGCUAUUGAAACAUCGUAUCGUCCAAACUUUGUUUAUUAUAAUGAGCUCCCUAAUGUUCCAUAUUCUAAAUUAAAUGUUUUAGAUUGGCAACAAGAUAUAGAAAAUGAUUAUAACUCAUCAUCAUCAUCUGAAGACUCUUCUAAUAAUGCAAGACACAGAAAGUGUUCAAUUGUAGAUCGGUAUCUAAACCAAUCAGCCAUUAGUAAUAUGUUAAAUGGCUCUUCAAAAAGAAAACAAUCAAUAAUGUCAUCAUUAUGUUUAGAAAGUGAACGUGCAGAUAAUGAAUCUGGAUUUUUUGAACCAGCAGAUUCAAAAACUGUAUCAACCUCAGAAAUGCAUAAGAAUUUCAAAAGUUUAAGUGAUUUGAAUGAUUCUGAUGUUUUUUUAAAUCGAACUCGUAAUUCAUCAUUUACUAGUAGCCUUAGUGAUGAAACUGUUAUAGAAAACAAAACUUCAAGGUCUUACUCACAAGAGGAAUUUGAUUGCUCUUCUAGCUUUAAAAAGUUUACGCCAAAACGCAGAAGUGGACUUUCUAGUAUUUUAUCUUUAGAUGAACUAUCAGAGCAAAAUAUACCUUUAUCUCAUAAGAUGAGCAAAUCAAUGAAUGAAUCAGAAUCAGUUUUCACUCAUAAAGAAAAUUUCUACCAAAAAUCAGAAUCAGUUUCUAAUAGAAGACCAUCUACAAUAUUUAUGAAUUUCAAUAAAUUUCAGACCAGUGGUUUGGAUGUUGUAGCUGAUAAAGAGACUCAAGAUAUAAUUUCAGACAGUGUAGAAACAUUAUCUACUUUUCAUUCAGAUUUAUAUCGACCAGUAUCAAAGUACUCUAGCUUAGGAUUUGAUAAGUUAAAAUUUGACGAAGAAGAAAAAGAAGAAGGUUCUGAAACUGAUCAAGAUUCGUCUUCAAAAAAAUUAUUUUACUAUAAUAAUGAAAAAAAUACAAAUAUUGCUGAUCAUGUGCGAAUUCUUAAAGAAGUUGUUCUUGAAAAACAUGAAAAUGAAGUUCUAGAAACUAAAUGUUCUCAUUUUACAGUUGUUUCAGAGCCAGUUAUUAAAAAAUGGGAUGGAGAAGAAAUUUUUUUCGAAAAGAAUUUAAAUCCGGAUGAAUCAAAAUCUACAACAUUCUCCGCAAUGUUUGGUUAUUUUAACUUCUGUUUGUAUAACUUUAUUUGUGAAGAAUAUACAAAAGAAAAAUGGUGUGAGAUAGUUAAAAAGCUAGAACUCACCAAAAAUCAAAUCUGGAUGUUUAAAAAGCGUAAUAAUCGAAUUUUUGAUGAUGAAGUUACUGAUCAGGUUUUAAAAACUGCUUCUAAAGUGCUGAAUAUCAAUUUCAAUUUGUUUCUUCAAAAGUUUGGUGAUUAUUAUUUCUCAUUCUCACUAGCAAAAUAUGGUGAUCUGUUAAAAUCAAUUGCAACUAGUCUUUGUGAUUUUAUAAACAAUAUUGAUGACAUAAGACGACAUAUUCAUAAAAUUGAAAAAAUUGCUGAUGAGUAUCCACCAUCAUUAUAUGCAGCACUUGAUAAACAAGGGACGUUGAUGAUGUAUUACCACUCUAAUCGUGAUCAAAGGUGUCUUGACUAUUUUCUUAUUGGCUUUAUAAAAACUGCAGCUCGAGUAUUAUAUGGAAUGAAAACUCGUAUAAGUCUUUAUGAGUCCCGCAAAAGCUAUAAUGAUUAUUCUGUGAUAUCUAUAAAAGCAGUUACUUCAUUGGUUAAUAAAAAAAACACUACUUUAAGUUUGCAAUUUUCAACUCGACCAUCAGAUCUUUUUAUGGAACCUUUUCAAAUGGAUUCUAUUUUUCCAUUUCAUAUGAUUCUUGAUAAUAAUUUAAACAUAUGUCAAUUGGGCUCUUCUUUGAAUCGCUUGCUUGAACGUUUUAUACCUACACAUGGUUUAAAUAUAAAAAAAUAUUUUCGGCUAGUCAAACCUUUGAUCUCUUUUACUUAUGAAUCAAUGAAAAGUAAUUUAAAUACAGUAUUCAUAUUAUCAAGUGUGAAUGAAAUUUUGUUUGAUGGAUUUAAUAAUGGUAUAAUUUUAAAAGGACAAGUGACAACGCUUGAUACUUCUGAUUGUUUAUGGUUUGUUGGCUCUCCUAAAGUUGAUCUUGUUUCACAACUUAAUGGGGAAAGUAACUUAUACUUGAGUGAUAUUCCUAUUCAUGAUGCCACUCGGGAAGUUCUGUUAGUGAAUGAACGCACAAACGAGCAAGACAAUUUGAAAACUCAGUUAGAAGUACUUACUAAUCGUCUAAAAGAGACUUCAAAAGAGCUUGCUUUGAGUAAAAUGAAUACUGAAAACAUUUUAGAUGACAUUUUUCCAAAAGAUGUUGCUGAAAGUCUUAUGCGAAACUUACCUGUUCCAGCUGUAACAAAAGAAGAAGUAUCUAUAUUAUUUACUGACAUUGUUGGAUUUACAGCUAUCUGUGAAAAGUCUGAUCCCGCAGAUAUUACAGAUAUGUUGAACAAUCUUUAUAUCGGAUUUGAUUUACUUUGCGAAGCUUAUGAAGUUUACAAGGUUGAAACUAUUGGAGAUGCUUAUAUGGCAGUUGCAGGUAUCCAUCAAAAAGAUGUAGAACAUGGUCGGUGCACCACAGCUAUGGGUAUCAGCAUGAUUACUCGUGCAAAAAAAGUUUUUGCGCCUACUGGCAAUCCUGUUGAGAUCCGGGUAGGUAUUCACUCUGGUCCAGUUGUUGCUGGUGUGGUUGGUACAAGAAUGCCGAGGUAUUGUCUCUUUGGAAAUAAUGUUACAUUUGCUAAUAAAAUGGAAUCUACAAGUGAAAGUGGAAAGUUACAUAUCAGCCCAGUUACUUAUCUAGAAAUCAAGCAUUACGAAGAAUUUGUAUUUUUUGAAAGACCUCGCGAAGUUAUGCCAGCGAUGAUGCAAAAAAAAUACCAAGGAAAUAGUUAUUUUGUUACCCAACGAAGGGUUUCUCAGUUCCAAUCACUGCCUAAUGGACAUGGUGAAAAGCGAAGGAGUUUUAUGAUGCCGAUACGACGACCUUCAGAGGUCAGUUUUGUAAAUGAAUCUGAAGAGUUAGGUAGUCGUUGUCCUAGUCCCACAGAAAGUGUACUUUCCGAUCAUGACAUAUUUCCUGAAGAACUUCGUAAGCAGUUGGUUGCGCUCGAACUUAUUAACGGUUAUCAAAACGGAAAAUAUUUUCAUUUACCUAAGAUAGGAGCUGCUUAAGCUAAAAAUAAUCUAUUUUUUUUUUGUUUUGUUUCAAUAAUAUAUAUUUUUUUCAAUUCUUUUUAAAAGAAAAAAUUGUAAAUAACAUUUUGUAGAUUUUAAUGUUAAUACAGAUGUAUUUAUAAUGUUCAUAACAUUCGUUGGUUUUCAAA